AUGGCACCUCCAAAGAAGACAACCCAGCAGAAGCCCUCCUCCAACCCUCACAGAGGCAAUGGAGGCAACAACUCAGCCCCCAACGAUCAGGCCGAUGUUGAUUCCAACAUGUCCUCACGAUCCUUGAACGCCUCUACUAACACCAGUGGCCAAAAGCAGUACUACCGUGCUGAGACCAAGUAUGUCCAGAACCCAGCGAGCAACCGCAUUGGAGAGCGCUCGAUUCAAGACCAGUUGCGCAACUCACCUGGCCCGAGGGACACUGGAAAGUCCGGCUACCCCCACAAGUUCACGAACAAGUACAGCGCAAUCCCCCAGUUGGUCAGGUCUCAGAGCAAUUCCAGCAGCACAACUUCCCUAUUCGAGUACCCCGUCUUCGCCGAUGGCCGCACCUACGACUAUCAGAGCAAGAAACCCAAGGACGACCCGGGCCACAUCCGGGGGAUCACCAACCAAAACAAGCGCUUCAAGGGCGUCAUUGCUCACGACGGUGAGGACGGCAACCCAAAACUUGGUAAUAUGCACUGGGUCAGGAAGGAGUGA